AUACUUUAUUGUUUCUGUCAAAGUUGUUGUGUGUCAAUGGAUAUUAAAUGUUCUGUAUAUUGAACAACAUGAUAUCUGUGCAAGUCUGUUUGUUGGUCGUCGUAGCUUUGGUAAAUGCAGAUGUGUGUGAAGUGUCUAAAACAACUAGUUGUCGUUGUGAAACACAAGACACAAUUAGAGAUGAAUUUGUGGCUUUUACGGCAAUAGCAACGAAUGGAAAUGCACUGACAAAUGAUCCAAUUAAGUAUGACAAUAUUGUGACGAAUGUUGGGAAGGGAUACAGUUCUACUUCUGGUAUAUUCCGUGCACCAACUAACGGUAUCUACAGCCUCUCAUUUAGCUUAAUGGGUCACAACACUAACACUAUUUGGGCCCGCCUUUAUCAUAAUGGCAAGGAGAUAGUCAGACUUUACACAAAAGGUGAAACUAGACACGAAGUCACAUCACAAACAGUUUACCUCAAACUCGUAAAAGGUGAUGAGGUCUGGGUACAGGGAACUGCAGGAAAAAUGUUAUGGGCAGUCGAGCCGUACAAUCAAUUUUCAGGGUCAUUGAUAAGGAGUGGAGAUUUCACGAGCUAAUAUUCAUUUAUAUUC